UGUCACGUCACAGUCACGACCACAGAAUUGAGUUUAUUGUCAAUGACAUGAAAAAUGAAGCCAAUGAUGAUUGAUCAUCUAAAAGGAUGAAGGUUUUUUGUUUUUUAAUCUCGUCAUUUUGUCUAUAUAAUUUAAUAUACAAUUAAUUCUAUCUUGUAAUGUUGUGGACGAUUUCUGCCCAUUGGCCACCCACCGUAACACGAAUGAUUUGAAUAUGACAAGUGAACCAAAAGCAUCCAGUACCCCAAAAUUCGUAAAUAUCAAAAAACGCCCAGCUAUAGGGCAACAAGAGGAAUCAAUACAAAGUCCUAUAUUAAAUGAUGAUUAUAGUAGUGAUCAUAGCUACUCAGAAGAUGAGAUCCAUGAAAGCAAUUCAAUAGAUGUGAAUUACGAAAAUAAUUCUCAUCCUCAUUCAAAAGUUGAUCGCCUCAAUGAUCUCACUCCAGGUAGAAAUGGAGCUAGGAAUAAUAAAUCAUUUCUUGGAUUUGAUUUCAAAUCGGGGACAGCAAUUAUUAUUUUGCCAAUUCUUAUAUGCCUGAUGGUUUCACUCUAUAUGGUUGAUGAGGCACCUUCAGUAGAUUCAGAUAUAACCAUCCACAAAUUGUCACAUCAAUUCCCAUCACAAAUGGAAGAUUUUUGGUUGAACAUUGAUGUGGCAGUAAGCGAAAUCAAAAGAUGGCAUAAACCAAAGUCUGUGAUUCUUCUGUAUCAAGAUGAUGGAUAUAAAACUGUAGAAAGUAUUGUUGAAAAAAUCUCAAAGUAUGCUGUUUGCCAAAUAACUAAUUGUUCAUCCAAACCAGUUAACAUUGAUGGAAUAAGCCUGGGAAAAAAAGAUAUUCUAGCUGACUAUGGAAGAGUGAUAGCUUAUAACAAAGAACAAUUGGAAACUUCUGGAGUCAUGAUUGUCAAAAAUUUGGAAAGAGUACCUGGAAGAUCUGCCCAGGCUUUCCACAGUUUGUGUGAUGAACACAACCCUGUUGUAGAAAAUGCACUAUUCUUAUUCACCAUGAAGGUAAAGAGUGUUCAAGAAAACAGUAUGAGCUCUAUUGAGAACAAUCUUCGCCAUCUCUGGAAUGAUUUGGAUGAUGAUAAAUUCUAUCCUUUAUUCACUAGAAUAUCCAGUACAGUUUUUCCAGUGAUGGAAGAAAAGUAACAUGAAAUUUAUAACAUGAAUAUUGUUUUAUAUAUUUUUUUAAAUAUAAUAUGUGGAAAGCAAA